AUGGCGGGCGCGGCGCCCCCCGCAGGUGCCCCCGAGCACCCGUUCACCUGCCGGGAAUGCGGCAAAUCCUUCCGCUGGUCCUCGCGCCUGGCGCAUCACCUGCGCAGCCACACAGGUGAGCGACCCUACAAAUGCCCCGAGUGCCCCAAAGCCUUCAAGGGCUCCUCCGCCCUCCUCUACCACCUGCGGGGCCACACAGGUGAGCGGCCCUACACCUGCUCCACCUGCGGCAAGAGCUUCAAGCGCUCCUCGCUGCUGCAGACUCACCUGCGCGUGCACACGGGGCUGCGCGCCUUCAGGUGCGCCCAGUGCGGCCUCACCUUCAAGUGGGCGUCGCAUUACCAGUACCACCUGCGGCAGCACUCAGGUGAGCGGCCCUACCGCUGCCCCACCUGUCCCAAGGCCUUCAAGAACUCGUCCAGCCUGCGGCGGCACCGCCACACCCACACGGGCGAGCGCCCGCACACCUGCGGCACCUGCGGGAAGGGCUUCGCGCAGGCGGCCAACCUGCGGCAGCACCUGCGGGUGCACACGGGGGAGCGGCCGUACACCUGCGGCACCUGCGGCAAGAGCUUCACGCACUCGUCCAACCUGCACCUGCACCGGCGCACGCACGGCCCCGCCCCGCAGUGCCCCGCCUGCGCCGCGCCCUCGCGCACCUGGAGCCCGCGGCGGCACCUGCGGGACGCCGACCCCGCCGCCGCCGCCGCCGCCUCACCUGAGCCGCUCUGGAGGCCGCUGGGGGUCACCUGCGCCGAGCAAGAGGUGCCGGCGGCCGCGCCCCACCGCUGCCUCACCUGCGGCAAGAGCUUCAAGAACGGCUCGGGGCUGGCGCGGCACCUGCCCGGCCACGAGCGGCUCAGGUGCGCGGCCGCGGCCCCCGGAGCCCCGCCCCCGCCAGGUGAGGCCGCCGCCGCCGCCGCCGCGCCGCCCGAGCGGCCGUACAGGUGCGGCGAGUGCGGCAAAGCCUUCAAGGGCUCCUCGGGGCUGCGCUACCACCUGCGCGACCACACCGGUGAGCGGCCCUACACCUGCGCCACCUGCGGCAAGAGCUUCAAGCGCUCCUCGCUGCUGCAGACUCACCUGCGCGUGCACACGGGGCUGCGCGCCUUCAGGUGCGCCCAGUGCGGCCUCACCUUCAAGUGGGCGUCGCAUUACCAGUACCACCUGCGGCAGCACUCAGGUGAGCGGCCCUACCGCUGCCCCACCUGUCCCAAGGCCUUCAAGAACUCGUCCAGCCUGCGGCGGCACCGCCACACCCACACGGGCGAGCGCCCGCACACCUGCGGCACCUGCGGGAAGGGCUUCGCGCAGGCGGCCAACCUGCGGCAGCACCUGCGGGUGCACACGGGGGAGCGGCCGUACACCUGCGGCACCUGCGGCAAGAGCUUCACGCACUCGUCCAACCUGCACCUGCACCGGCGCACGCACUCGGCGGCGCGGCCCUUCCGCUGCCCCGCCUGCCCCAAAGCUUUCGCCGUGGCCGCUUACCUGCGGCGGCACCUGCGCACGCACGGCCGCGCACCCGGAGCUGACGCCGGCGGCGCCGCCUCACCUGCGCCGGCCGCGGCGUACCUGGUGCUGCCGGCGCCGCAGGGGCUGCGGAUCCUGCCCGGGAGCCCCGGGCAGCGCAAGGUGCUGCUGCUGGCCGGCCCCGCCCCCGCGCACCUGGCGCAGGUGGGGAGGGGCCAGUGCGGCUGGCAGAGCGUCCUGGUGGUGCCGGGGAGCGGGAGGGAGGGGGCGGGGACGGGGGUGCGGCUGCAGGUGGCGGAGGUGACAGCGGUGACAGGGGUGACAGGUGUGUCAGGUGUCACAGGGGUGACAGGUGUGUCAGGGGUGACAGGUGUCACAGGUGUGACAGGUGUCACAGGUGUGUCAGGUGUCACAGGGGUCACAGGGGUGACAGGUGUAGGUGUGACAGGUGUGACAGGGAUCACAGGGGUCACAGGUGUGAUGGGCGUGACAGGUAUGACACGUGUGACAGGUGUGACAGGUGUCACAGGGGUGACAGGUGUAGGUGUGACAGGUGUGUCAGGUGUCACAGGUGUAUCAGGGGUCACAGGUGUCCAGCUCCAGGUGGUUCCAGUGGCCCCAGAGGUCCCCAAUGUCCAGGUGCAAGGCAGGGAUGUGACAGCGGUGACAGGUGUAGGUGUGUCAGGUGUCACAGGUGUCACAGGUGUCACAGGUGUCACAGGUGUCACAGGUGUCACAGGUGUGUCAGGUGUCACAGGUGUCACAGGGGUACAGCUGCAGGUGCUGCCAGUGCCCUCGGACAUCACCAAUGUCCAGCUCCGGGUGUUGCCAGCACCACCUGAGGUCCCCAGUGUCCAUCUCCAGGCCACCGAGGUCCCCAAUGUCCAUCUCCAGGCCACCGAGGUGACCAAUGUCCAGCUCCAGGCCACCGAGGUCCCCAAUGUCCAUCUCCAGGCCCUGCCGCUCCCCUCAGGUGUCACCAAUGUCCAGCUCCAGGUGUUGCCACCACCCUCAGGUGGCACCGGUGUCCAGCUCCAGGCCACUGAGUUGACCAGUGCCCAGCUCCAGGUGCUGCCACCACCACCUGAGGUGACCGGUGUCCACCUCCAGGCCACCGAGAUGACCAGCAUCCACCUGGAGCCCAUGGAGGAGGUGCCCAGUGUCCACCUGGAGACCGUGGAGGUGACCGAUGUCCACCUGGAGGCCUCAGAGCUGCCCAGCGUCCACCUGGAGACCAUGGAGGAGGUGCCCAGCGCCCACCUGGAGACCUCAGAGGUCCCCUCUGACCACCUGGAGGUGACCAGCACCCACCUGGACACCUUGGAGAUGACCGAUGUCCACCUGGAGGUGCCCAGUGCCCACCUGGAGCCCUGUGAGGUGACCGAUGUCCACCUGGAGGUGUCUGGUCUGCACCUGGACACAUCAAAGGUGCCCGGUGCCCACCUGGAGCCCACAGAGGUGCACCUGGACCCGCCCUAGGAGGUGCCCAGGGCCCACCUGGACACACCUUGGAGAUGACCAGUGUCCACCUGGAGGUGUCCAGGGCCCACCUGGAGGUGUCCAGGUCUCACCUGGAGGUGUCCAGGGCCCACCUGGAGGUGUCCAGGGCCCACCUGGAGGUGUCCAGGUCUCACCUGGAGGUGCCCAGGUCUCACCUGGAGGUGUCCAGGACCCACCUGGAGGUGUCCAGGUCUCACCUGGAGGUGUCCAGGUCUCACCUGGAGGUGUCUAGGGCCCACCUGGGCAUGUCAGAAGUGCCCAGUGUCCACCUGGACACACCUUGGAGGUGCCCUCUGACCACCUGGAGACAUCAGAGCUGCUCAGGACCCACCUGGAGGUGCCCAGGGCCCACCUGGAGACCCCCAAGUG